AUGCGGUGGAAUUGGGUAGCUGUCGCUGCGAGUGCAGCCUGUGUGUCCUCACACGCAACUCAUCAUGUCGAAGACCAACAGGCUUUCUCCCAAGAACGACUAGAUGAGCUAGAGAGGAAGUGGGGUACAGAUUGGGGCUUUUCUGGCAUCUCGACCUUCGCCCAUCUACCGCACACACGCUGCUUGACUCAUCCAGAGACGACAUAUGACAUUGCUAUCCUAGGUGCGCCUUUCGAUACUGCAGUCUCCUACCGACCGGGAGCUCGAUUCGGUCCUCGUGCAAUCCGCGCAGGAUCAAGUCGUCAAACGUCCUUCCGUGGUUUCAACCCGCGAGCCAACCUCAAUCCAUACACGUCAUGGGCCAAAAUCGUCGACUGCGGAGAUAUACCAAUCACACCUUUUGACAACACACUGGCGUUGAAACAAAUGAGCGAGGCCUUUCUUGAGCUUGGGAAGAGGCCUGCGACCGAGAAGAGUACAGAGAGCGGCGUGCAGUAUCUCAAGAAGCCGAAGCUGCUUACUCUGGGUGGAGAUCACAGCAUCGCACUCCCUGCUUUGAGGGCUCUAAAGGAUGUGUAUGGGCAGCCGAUUGCCGUAGUACACUUUGACGCCCACUUGGAUACCUGGCACCCUGCGAAGUACCCAUCCGCUUGGAUCGACCAAGAAGAUCCUUCUACACAGUCUUUCUUCAACCAUGGCAGUAUGUUCUGGAUCGCAUCAACAGAAGGCCUAAUCGCAAACGGCUCCAGUGUGCACGCUGGACUGAGGACACGGCUUUCGGGCGAUGAGCCAGACGACUACGUCGACGAUUCGCAGCAAGGCUGGAUACGUAUUGCAACAGACGAUAUCGAUGAGAUUGGAGUAAAGGGGGUUAUUACUUCUAUCAUGAAUCGAGUGGGAACCGAGAUGCCGGUCUACCUCAGUAUCGACAUCGACGUGAUCGACCCUGGGCUAGCACCAGGCACCGGAACGCCGGAGCCGGGUGGUUGGACUACGCGUGAACUCAUCCGCAUAUUGAGAGGUAUCGAAGGCAUGAACGUUAUUGGUGCAGACAUUGUAGAAGUCAGUCCAGCGUAUGAUGGUUCCGCAGAAACCACAGGAAUGGCAGCGGCACAAGUCGCCUACGAGGUGCUUACAAGUAUGGUACGGAAAGGUCUUAUCGAACAAGCACGAACAAAGGUGACGGCGCACGAGGACAAAGAUGAGGGCAAAGAUGAACUCUAG